UCACGGUUGUGACUUGUGAGGCCAUCCGAGGUGGUUUGAAAAUUGCAAGAUUCUCUUUCUGUUUCUCUCUCUUCUUGCUUCCACUCAAUUUUAGCGGACUUUCCAGAUAUUUUGAGUGCUCAAAGUUAAGACUUAAAGCAUGAGUUGUUUGAAAAUGGCGGCGGUCUUGAGCUGUGACAAGGGGAUGAUGGGGGAUCAUAGCAACGAGCACCACAAUGACUCCGCGGAGAAGUUUCUGCUCAGAGUGUUGCUUGUUGAAUCUGAUGAUUCUACUCGCCAGAUUAUCUCUGCUCUUCUCCGCAAAUGCAGUUACAAAGUUGCUGCAGUUCCUGAUGGCUUAAAGGCAUGGGAGACGUUGAAGAAAAAGGCACCUGACAUAGAUCUCAUAUUAACUGAAGUGGAGUUGCCAUCAAUAUCUGGAUUUUCACUUCUCACUUUAAUCAUGGAGCAUGACAUUUGCAAAAACAUUCCUGUCAUAAUGAUGUCUUCUCAUGAUUCAGUUAGCAUGGUGUACAAAUGCAUGUUAAAAGGUGCAGCUGAUUUUCUUAUAAAACCCAUUCGGAGGAAUGAGCUAAGGAACUUAUGGCAGCAUGUAUGGAGAAGGCAUGCUAUUAGCAGGACUCCUCAAAAGUUAACAUUGCCCCAGAAUAAACUUGAAGUUACUGCAGAGAACAAUGCUGCAAGCAAUAAUUCUAGUGGUUCUGUGGCUUUCACACAGAAAAAUAACGAAUGCAGCGAGAAAACAAGUGAGGCACAAAGCACUUGUACAUCGCCAUUUUUGGAAGCUGAGGGUGCAUACAUGGAAAAUAUGCAGGAUACCUCCCAGCUGAAGAGUUCUUCCAAUUUCAGCAAGAUUGACACAGGGAAGUACGAAGAGUAUACCAAUUUUGGAUGGGAAUCAGCUAAGCAUAACAGUGAAGCUGGAGAGAAAUCAAUUGUAUUUGUAUCAGAAGCUGCAAGGUGCAACAAAAGUUGUAAAUCAACAAGUUUAAGGCUAGGUCAAGGCUAUGAUUAUAGUGAAACAGAAAACCAAGAUGAAGUUGUAAGAAUAGAGUUAAGCAAAGCCAAUCUUCACAUUAGUACAGAGAUUCAUGGAUGCAUUGAUGACCUGGUAGAACCUUCUACUGGGGCUAUUGAUUUGAUUGCUACAUUUGAGAAUCUUCCAAAGAGCACUGAUGAAAAUCGUAGUUUCAAUGGUGAUAACACAGCCAAGUUUGAUUUCGAUACACAAUUGGGACUUUCUAUACGUAGUGAUUUUACUGGUAGCUCAUGUAAACCUGCAAAUGAGGAAAGACAAAUAUUGAACCAUUCAAAUGCUUCUGCUUUUUCUUGGUAUGGCAGUAGUAAGUUGUUGCAGCCCCUUUUUCCAACAUCAUCAAUUACUUCUGCUAAAUUAACAAACACCAGUUGGAAUUCUCAUGAAUCCCAUGAAUUAUCUGAAAAUAUAAAUACUUCUCAUCCGUAUGGUGGCAAAAAUCAUUAUCAGGAGAAUAUGACCUCCUCUGUGGUCAUUGAUCAGUCUGGAAAUGCUGAACCAAAUUUCCCAAACAGUCAACUUGGAUUUUUUCCUGAUACUGGGGUUACUUCUGAUCAUAAGUCUGUGGGACAUGGUAAUGUUUUCCCUUCUAUUCCGUACGCACAAUCAGGUUGCUAUCCCAUAUGGACUCCGAAACCAUUGUGCCAGAAAGAGAGUUCUCCAUUUCCCGCUUGUACUUCAUCCCAGUCCAAUCCUGAAAGUCACGACUCCGAACGUUAUCACUGGUCGGAUGAUGCCACCUAUACUUGUGAUCAAAAUGUAAAUGAUCAACGCAAUUUGGAUUGUGUGACACAUGACGCUCCUGCUGCUGGUCAGAGUUCUGGUACUAGUUUUUACCAUGAUGUGGCAAAUCAUAAUAGUAGUGGUGUAUAUGAAAGCAUAGGCAGCGGGAGUGAUGGAAAUGCUACUUCAGCUGUGGUGUCCAAGAAUAUCCCUGAAAGUUUUAUUGAUAGUGGUCGUAAUAGUUAUGAUGAAUUCAGGACGACAAAUUCUCAUCAGUCCAGCCAAAGAGAAGCAGCUCUAACAAAGUUUCGACUGAAGCGGAAAGACAGAUGUUAUGAGAAAAAGGUACUACAACCAUUCUAUUACUGCUUCUAUAAAGAACUACUCAAACUAUUUAUGGUAAAUGUACAAUUGGGGCCUUAUGCAAGUAAUUGAAUGUAUAAAGAACUACUCAACCUUUCUACCCGGGUAAACAAAAAAUUUCAAAAGAUACCCGGGUAGGUAGGGGUGUACCCGGGUAGGCUUCGUGGUCAACGGUCAAACAGGGGCAGAUUGGUGUUAUGUUUUUUGAGGGGGUUAAAUUUUUAAAAUAGUUUAUAAUGAAGGUCAAUUUGGUAAUUAAUUAUUAGUAAAGGGUUAUAAGGGUCAAAAAGCCUUCUAGCUCAAGUUGGUUUAUGUAUUUUUUGUUAAAUUGUUUCCUGGUACUAGGAUACAAUGGGAAAAGUCGAAAAGGGAUACAAUGGGAUAUAUCUUCUUCUUCUUUUAUGUGAAAGUAAAGGAAAAAUAAUUGUAUAUCAUAUUUCUAAUACAGUUAGAAUUAGGAGGUUUACGGUUUGGACUGAAUUAAUUUUGAAAUUAAAAAUUAUCCAGUUCAAUUCUUU